AUGGCGCCACGCUUCUUGCUUGGCCCUGUGGUUUUCGCUAUGGUAGGCGCGGGUGUCGCGCCAGAGCCUCUUCUGCGCGGCAACGCAAGUGGGGGCACCCUCCGGUCCCCGCGGAGGCUGGAGGAUGCUUGUUGCACUCACCAGACCUCCGAGUACUGGAACAAGUUUGGCUGCGGUGGUCCGUGCACCUACGAUGACACGACCAAGCGGUGCACCUGCGAGAAUGCGCCCAGCUACUACCGCAACCGCUGCAUGUUUCCGGCGGAGGACGUAUGCCGUGCAGACCCAGACCUUGCAGGAAAUUUCCUACUCGAGUUUCUGCGCACCGAGAACGCGGACGCGGUGCAGUGCAUUCAAGACCUGUCAGCUGAUGCGGGAUGCGUGGCCACGGUGGCCCCUGCUUGCCUGCGUGACGGGCACAGGUGGUGGUACGGUGCAACGCUGGAUGGGCCACUGCACGCCCCAAGCCCGUAUGCCUGUGCACUUCCGGACUCCUGCAAGGUUGGGCACCUUUCAGGAGCCGAUCUGCUCUGCUGCAGCGAGGACGGCUGCGCGUCCUUGCAAGGGGGGCUCCUCGCCCUCAUCGUCCUGGGCGCAGUCCUUGGUUUCCCAAGCCUUUGCUGCUGCCUCUGCUGCUUCUUUUGCCGCUCCUCUUGCGGCAUGAAGAUCCAGGCUGGUCCACGGAAGGUACAAGGGCAGAGCCAGCAGGCAUCGAUCCCCGUGGUGAUGGCGCAAGUGGUCGGGGAGGCUGGGCAACCCUACCUGGCUGAGAACAACGCAUCGAACAUGAACGAGGAGUUCGUUCCUCAGAAGGGCCAGGGCCCGAGCGUGCGGCUGGUCGGAAGCGAGUGA